ACGGCAACAACCAGGCGCAAUUAUCCAUCCGGGGCUUUGUCUGGAAGGGAGCUUCUCGUUCGUUUGGUUCAUUCUUGUCUUCGGGGAAGGAUUGCCUCUGCAGCAGAGCAUCAGUUCCUGGAUCACCGAGGUAGCAACAAAUGCAGCCGCAGUUGCCCUAGCGCAGAGCUCUGCCUGCGAUUUUUAGGCGUAGGCUGGACGAGACUGGAGUGUUUCGCUGGAGGUUCUUGCAAAUUUUCAACCCGGCUCUGUAUAGUUGACGCAGGGUUCUGCACAAGACUCGACUCGGUUUAGAACCUAGUACGUUGAUCUGGAGCGGUGCGUAUGCUUUUGUGUUGCGGUGAUCGCGUUCGUUGUGAGCUGGAUUACUGUGUAGCUCGGUGUGAGGACGGGGGCUUUGUUUCAAGGGGUUUACGCUUCUUCAUGGACGAAGCGUAUACGUGAAGGGGCGAGUGUUUGGUCUGAGGAGCUAGGUGUGGUGUGGAAUUGGCGUUAUCUUGUGAGGUGGUGCUAGGGGUGAAGGCGCCAGGGUUUUCUUCUGUUGCAGUAGCGUGUCAUUCUUCAUUAACUAACUCUGCGUGCGAAGAAAUAAUUUCGUGAAAGCAGCCAUGUCUUCAGCUGCAGCAAUGGAUUUUGCGGGUGUGGAGUUUACUUUGUCUGGGCAGUAUAAAGCGAUGCUGGAACCUCGUCAUUCAUCUGAAAACAAUCUAAUUCAACCUGUGAGUGAGAGACAUGAAGAAGGAUAUCAAGUUGAAGGAAUCGAGAAAUAUUUUCGUAUUCAGAAUGUUAGGAAACCACCCUCUCUUGUCAGGGAUGAAGUAAGAAGACGUUCUCCGCUGAGACCGGUAGUGAGAAGGUGGAAUCAUCCAGUACAACCUUUGGAUGUAAAGAAUGGAAAGUUCCCAUACUGUCUGGUUUGGGUGCCUCUACCUAUCGUUGCUUGGCUCGUUCCCUUUGUGGGUCACGUCGGCAUUUGUCGGGAAGACGGCGUGAUUCUUGAUUUUGCUGGAAACAUUAACAUCGAUAAUCUUGCAUUUGGAUCAUGCGCCAAGUAUGUGCGUCUUAGUCGCCAUAAGUGUUGUUUUCCCCAUCCUCGAUUCGGGCAUACAUGCAAGAUUGCGGACAAGCACGCCACUGCUGGCAUGGCCUAUUCUUGGGAUGAUGCUGUUUCAAGAUCAGUUCAAGUCUUUGGGAGGAAGUCGUACAACUUUUUCACCUGCAAUUGCCACUCAUUCGUUGCGAAUUGCAUGAACCGGAUGGCCUAUGGAGGACAUUCAAACUGGAACCUUGUCGACGUUCUACUACUCGCUCUUGUGCAGGGUGAAUUCGUUGACUUUACCGGAUUCCUCCGAGCCUACGUGCCUUUCUUUGCGAUUAUGACCUUUGGACUAUUCAUGGCAGGCUGGGCUUUUUUCUUCUUCUGGGCCGGGUUCGCUACUCUUCUUCUGGGUUGGUUUACUUAUGGUACCUAUGCAUUUGGAGGUUACAUCGACUGCUGAAGGGAACCGAGACUUUUUGCCACUGAUAGUUAGUUAGCUAAUUUGGAGGUAAAAUUUCUUUUUAGUUCAGGACUGAAAGACAAAGCUUUAGUGAAGGUACAUUCAGGUCAAGCGGUAAAAGUAUGAUGAGUAGAGUGUGUAUAUUUGUAGAGACUUGUAGAAUUUGGGUGAAGUCGAUGCUGGUUAAAAUAACCAAUCAAUGACAUGCUUUAGUGGAGUUUUAGGAACUAUUACUAUUACCCUUCUUAAACAGCGGUGGGUGGACGUCGAAAAGUUUCUUAUCCCACAAUUUUCGAAUUAUGUAAGAGGCGUUGGUCUAUCAUUAUUUUGCGUGUGAA